CAACAGUGUAGUGUAGUGCAGCAUCAGCCCUCGGCCACGCGAUGCAUCGCUUGCGCAACACCUUCACCAGAUCCCGGACGCCUACGGGCGCGGAAAUGAAAACCCAAAGCAGUCUUGAGGUGCCGAAGCAGGUACGCUCAGCAUCGUUCGACGAAAUACAGCUGGAAGCGCAGCGCUCGAACCAGCAGCGAUCGUUGUCGGCGGCAGCAGCACCAUCCGUAGACGAGUCAUCCGGCGUAUCGUCGGGCGUUGGGAGCUUGCUGCUACAGGUACCGCAAACGACGCCCGGGCAGCGUUCGCGCAGCUUCGAUCUGGCCGGUUCGGCAUCGGACGAGGGUAGCGCAGUCGCGGCCGCCUUUCUCGACGUGCCGAAACGGUUCCAGCGUCGCAAGUCUAGCUCGAAGACGCCUCCACCCUGUAUACACUGCCUGUAUCUGGAGGAGUACCGACGGUUAAUCGGUGUGGAGCAGCGGCUCUACUACGACAGCGAAGAGUAUCAGGCGUACUUCGAUUACACGUCUAGCUCGUGCUCCUCCGGCGAUGACGACGAUGACGGCGAAGAUGCGGAUGGUGGCGGCAAUAAUGAAGGUGAAGCGGUGGCUGGUGCUAGUGGUUUGCGAGAGGAGCAGUUGGAGGAGACCGUGAGCGUGAACCGAGUGGCGGCGGUCAGGCUCGCCGGUCCGAGUGGGACUGGUGUUGCUGUUGCUAGUGGUAGCGAGGAUGGCCGGGGCAACUUCAGCGAAGGCUACUACGAUUAUGACUACGACUACGACGACGACGAUGACGACGAUGAUGACGACUACGGUUACGAGGUGGAGGACAACAAUGAGGACAACAACAGUGAGAACGAGUCCGACCGUCGCCGGCGAGGGAAGGAGCAGAAAAAGGAAACGACAUUCGGACUUGAAACACCCGCCUAUGACUAUGCCACGCUCUUCCAGCGCGUAUCACCCCGCCGAAGGCCUCGCGCCGACUGUGAGGGUGCUAGUAGUAGUGGUACGGUCGCAUUACUUUCACCACCGCCCGUUGCCUCGCCCUGCCGCAUCACGUUGACGCUCUCGCCAACGAAACCGGACGAGGAUGUGCAGUGCGUUGACUACAGUCACGGCAGCAGCUCGCUGGAAGCAACUGGUUUUGGAGAGAUCGCACUGAUGUUGCCCGAUGAAGAUGCCACUGUUGGAGCGGGUGGAGAUUCCAGGUCCGCGGUACUUGAGCUCGAGCCACGAUCUCCCAUAGGUCCGGCAAUGGUAAUGUCCGAAUCUCAACCGGAAGCGAUCGGCGAUGCGGUAGAAGCGUCACCGUCGGCGAACCGUACCCGGCGGCGUUCCAUCUCGCGCCAGGAAGCAAUCAUCGUUGAACCGACCGGCAGCUCGCUCGAGAACGUUUCCAACGCGUCCGAUAGCCGGCCAACGUCACCGCCCGCCACCCGCACUAUUCGCCCCGUCCCGGACAUACUAACCGGUGCGGAUGCACUAGACAAUCAGCCGCCCGAACAGCGGCCUCCGCAGCGUGGCCGAGCCGCCUCGAUGGGUCCCAUCAUGCCCUCGGCGGCGGCGUCGUCGUCAUCUCCCCCGCCACUCGCUGCCUACGCCACCGCCGCCAGACCGCCACGGUUUCCGCCACCGCACCACAUCGAAGCGGUCGGUAUACCGCUCGAAUCGCCACCUCCGUCCGCCACCAUCUCGGUCGCACCCUCGCAGCCGGGUGACUUCGUGCGGGACAUCUAUCUGCAGGUGCCGGAUCUGAAGCGCGACCGGGCCGCAUCGGUUGACUCCUGCUUCACCAAGGUGACCGGCGCGAAGACGGAAGAGCUCCAGCCACCACCGGACGGUGCCUGCCUAAAUCUGUUGGCCGUACCGAGCAGUGGCGCCGUUCGGUCACGUUCGGUUGACAUUGUGCUGCCCACCGAGCAACAGGCGCGCUACAAAGCACUCGCCCUAGCGGGACCCUCCGGCAGUGCGAACAGUGCCGUUGUUUCCAGCUCCGGUGGUGCAACGGGCGGCCAUCUUGUACCGGGUGCUAGAGGACUCUCGCCGCACACUCUCACGUCACUAUUACGAUUGUUGUGCUGCACUAGAAUUGGUGAUCCCCAUGGACGUCAGAUACGUUGCACGCCCGACUGGAGUGAAAAUGCCGUUUCCGGCGAUCACCUUUGGGUGCCAACUUCUGUUUCCGGCGAUUGCUGCUAUGUUGGCGAUAAUGAUUGCACGAAGCACGGACCACGGAUGAAGUGUGCCGCCUGCAAGAUCAUCUCCCAUGCGAGCUGCAUCUCGGUGCUGAUGGAGCGCAGCCAGCUGCAGUGCAAACCGACGUUCCGGGAUGUUGGCGUGCGGCAGUAUCGUGAGCAGACGAAAACCACCCACCAUUGGGUGCAUCGGCGCACCGAAAAGGGCAAGUGCAAGCAGUGCGGUAAGUCGCUACAGGCGAAAUUAACGUUCAGCUCGAAGGAGAUCGUCGCACUGUCGUGCGCUUGGUGCAAAGCUUCCUACCACAACAAGGAAGCUUGCUUCAACCCGGAACGCAUCGGCGAGGAGUGUACGCUCGGUGCACACCGGAGCAUUGUCGUUCCACCGUCGUGGAUUGUGAAGUUGCCGCGCAAGGGCAACUUCAAAUCGUCGCUACGUAAAACACCCCAGAAAAAGAAGAAGGCUGGUAAGAAGGUGUCGAUACCGCGGGAACCUCGCACAUUCGUGAUCAAACCUAUACCGACCGCCAACAUUACACCGGUGCUUGUGUUUAUCAAUCCAAAGUCGGGUGGCAACCAGGGCGCGAAGCUGCUGCAAAAGUUCCAGUGGCUGCUAAAUCCGCGCCAGGUGUUCGAUUUGACACAGGGUGGCCCACGGAUGGGACUGGAGCUAUUCCGCAAGGUCCCACAGCUACGCAUACUCGCUUGUGGUGGUGACGGAACCGUCGGGUGGGUGUUGUCAGUGCUCGAUCAAAUCAACUUCGUACCACCACCAGCCGUUGGUGUGUUGCCGCUCGGUACCGGCAAUGAUCUUGCCCGUGCCCUUGGCUGGGGUGGUGGAUACACUGACGAACCGAUUGGCAAGAUUUUGGCAAACAUAGGCAACUCCGACACAGUACUGCUCGAUCGCUGGAGUCUUAAGGUUGAACCAAACACAUCGGUACCGAACACGGGCGACGGCAAGGACAAUCUGCCACUGAACGUCGUCAACAACUAUUUCUCUCUCGGUGUCGACGCUCACAUUGCACUCGAGUUCCAUGAAGCACGCGAGGCCCAUCCGGAGAAGUUCAACUCGCGGCUGCGGAACAAAAUGUUCUAUGGCCAGGCUGGCGGCAAGGAUCUACUGAAACGCAAAUGGAAAGGUUUGGCUGAGUUUGUGACGCUCGAGUGCGACGGCAAGGAUCUGACACCGAAGCUCAAGGAGCACAAGGUGCACGCAAUAGUGUUUCUCAACAUUCCAAGUUACGGUGGUGGUACUCAUCCUUGGAAUAAAUCGGGUGGACAGUUUGAACCGGCUACCGACGAUGGUAUGAUCGAAGUUGUCGGUCUCACCACCUAUCAACUACCGUUACUGCAAGCCGGAGGUCACGGUACCUGCAUUACCCAGUGCCGCACGGCACGCAUCGUCACGUCCAGGACAAUACCGAUGCAAGUGGACGGUGAGGCGUGCAAGCUGAACCCGUCCAACAUUGAACUUACACUGCUGAACAAGGCUGUGAUGCUGGCCAAGAAGAAACCCGGGCGGGCGAAUGUACCGCAAGAAAAGUUGGAAGCACUCAACAUCAGUUUGAUGAAGAUUAUGAUGACGGACUACGAGCAGCACCAUUAUGACAAGGAGCUGUUGCGACAGUCGGCGGUAAAUCUGGGCAUCAUCGAGGUGCCCGUUACCGAUCUGGAGCAGAUGCGCGUUCUCAUCAACAAGUACUGCAGUGAGCAACCGGACAGCCCAAAGCUGUCCCCAGACUGGUGCUUCAUCGACUCCUGUACCGCCGAGCGUUUCUUCCGCGUGGACCGCGCACAAGAGAAUCUGCACUUCAUCACCGACAUCGCCACCGACUGCGUGUUUGUGCUGGAUCAGGAAAGUCCAACGCUGCCACAACCGCCCGAAGACGAUCAUCGGCGGCUCGGUGCACAGGGCGCAAUGAUAACGGGCAGUCUCGAGUCGAGCGAUGGUGGCGCACCACCGUUCUCGCCGCAAGCGGGAAAACUGCUCGAUCGUUCACUGUCCGGACCGCCCAGCUCCGGUGACAUUCCAUCCUCCUUCUCAGGUUCACCAGGUUCUCACGAAGCGGAUCGUAUUCAUCCACGCACCCCGUUGUCUCACGAUUCCGCCAGCAUUGAUCAAAGCCUGGACCAAAUGGUUAACUUUAAAAGCUUUCACGAGCGUUUGUUUGGUUUGAAUGAGGAUGCGUUCGGAUUCAGCGAUUUUGAAGAGGUGCUCUUGCCACCGAUCCCCAAAAACUCCAUUUUUCACCCGUCGCUGCGAUCGUCGAUCUCGACGGGCGACACCCCAUUACAGGCGCACACAGGGUCACGGGCCACCGCCGGACAGCCCAGCACAUCCGGUCAUUGUCCGGCGGCGGGUCAAGCCAAGCCGACGUACUCAAAGUACGACCCAAGUAAUUUGCUGGAGAAAACAUCCGAUGCAGUUAUCAAAGCGGCCAAAACGGGCGACCUGGUGAUGUUAAAGGAUCUGCAUCUGCAAGGAUACUCUCUUCUCUCCAUCGACUCCACCGGUCAGACUGCCCUCCAUCAUGGUGCCCGCUGUGGCCACAAAGACAUCGUACGCUAUCUCAUCUCUUACGCACCCAACUCCAUCAUCAACAUGAUAGAUAACGAAACGGGACAAACGGCACUACAUAAGGCGGCUGCUGGGCGGCAGCGAAGCAUCUGCUACAUGCUUGUCGCCGGCGGCGCCAACCUCAACAUCCAGGACAACGAUGGACGUACGGCGCGCAUGCUAGCCUCGAACGUGGACGACUUUGAGCUGGCAUUCUAUCUCGAGAAUCAAGAGCAGUUCCAGCUUAUCGAUUUUCGAAGCAACAACAUCUAA